UCCAAGUCAUCGAUACGGAAACUCGAACCGAGAGCCGUCUCUUUUCCCCAGGUCGGUCGAAACCCUAGCCAUUCCUCCCUUUUCAAACCCUAGUUUCUCUCCUUCUAAUAAGCGGAGAUUGCAGAUAGAUUUUUAUAAUCCUAGACGAUGUCGUCUUCUUCGAGCCAGCCCCAGUUCCGUUACACGCAGACCCCAUCGAAGGUGCUGCACCUUCGCAAUCUUCCAUGGGAGUGCACUGAAGAGGAGCUCGUCGAGCUCUGCAAGCCUUUCGGCAAGAUCGUCAACACCAAAUGCAACGUUGGUGCCAACCGCAAUCAGGCUUUCGUUGAAUUCGUGGACCUUAAUCAGGCUAUUUCUAUGGUUUCAUAUUACGCCUCUUCAUCAGAACCUGCACAGGUCCGUGGUAAAACCGUAUACAUUCAAUAUUCUAAUAGACAAGAAAUUGUGAACAAUAAAAGCACCGGUGAUGUUGCUGGGAAUGUCUUGCUUGUGACCAUUGAAGGUGUUGAGGCCGGCGAUGUCAGCAUAGAUGUUAUUCACUUGGUGUUCUCCGCCUUUGGGUUCGUACACAAAAUUGCUACCUUUGAGAAAGCUGCUGGUUUUCAGGCAUUAAUCCAGUUCAGUGAUUCGGUGACUGCCUCGGCAGCACGAGAUGCAUUGGAUGGAAGAAGUAUUCCUAGGUACUUGCUUCCAGAGCAUGUUAGCACAUGCCACUUACGUAUUUCGUUCUCUGCGCACACUGAUUUGAAUAUCAAGUUUCAAUCACAUCGUAGCAGGGAUUACACAAAUCCUUACCUUCCCGUGAAUCCUUCUGCAAUUGAAGGAACUGUGCAGCCUACUUUAGGCCCUGAUGGAAAGAAAAAGGAACCUGAGAGUAAUGUGCUUCUUGCUUCCAUUGAGAAUAUGCAAUAUGCUGUGACGGUGGAUGUUCUUCAUACGGUUUUCUCAGCAUUUGGCACUGUACAGAAGAUUGCUAUCUUUGAGAAAAAUGGGGGCAUGCAGGCACUAAUUCAGUAUCCCGAUAUCACAACUGCUGCAGUUGCUAAAGAAGCAUUAGAGGGACACUGCAUCUAUGAUGGUGGCUAUUGUAAGCUUCAUCUGUCAUACUCUCGUCAUACUGAUCUCAAUGUAAAGGCCCAUACUGACAGAAGCAGAGACUACACAAUCCCUGAUUCGGGUUUACUGGCAAUGACACAAGCUCCUGGCCUGCCAACUACUGCCACUAGUUGGCAAAGUCCUCAGGCAGUUACUUCAGCUCCAAUGUUUGGUGGAACUGGUGCACCUGCACAACUUCACAAUGGGCAAAUGCCAGCAUGGGAUUCAAGCAUGCAAGCAGGACGCCCUAGUUUUGUCUCAGUACCAAGUUCAUUUCCUGGCCAAACAUAUGGACCUUCCUCUGCUCCAUAUUCUACUCCAGGAGUUCUCCCUGGCCCGUCGGCUGAAUCUCUUGCAGGAUAUGCAAAAUCAAGCGGUUUUCAGCAACACGAGCAACCCUCUGGCAUGGGCGCUCAGCGGAUGCCUCAGUAUGGUCUUGAACCAAAUGCACGACCUGGUGGUACUCCACCCUCAGGUCAGCCUCCUCUGCAUUAUGCUUAGCAAGCUGUAUCAUCUUGCAGAUUUCCUUAGACUGGGCAUCUUCUUGGAAUAUACUGCUGCCUCCAUUCUCCAAUGUCUUUGGCAAUGAUUUGUGGUGGCUCAUCAUUAUGAAUAUCUCUGUUGUGUUUUUGUGGAUGCCACAUGGAAUCCUUUGAAUUCAAGUUGCCAUUAAUGACCUUUAUGCGUCAUUGCAUUCAUAUUUUUCUCAUUGGCUUUGAAUGAUACAAAUACAAUGGUAGCUUGGUUGGUUGGUGCA